GGCAGUGAAGCGCUUGUUGACGUUAUGUCCGGCCUCUAGGGGAGGGGUUGGAGGAGGGAGCCGUCUAACUCCUCCUCAUUAGUGAAGGAAGCUGGAGGACCAGGCGCUGCCGGCGGCCACUGCUCCAUCACCGAGUGAGCAGAGAAUAAGGAGGGCUGACGUGGAAGUUGAGCUGGUCCAUUGGCAACCGCUGGCGAGCUCCCAUCACUCGGUCUUCACUAGUGGACCACUGACGACCAAUCACAGCCGGGCUGUCCUCACUCCGCUCAGGUGGUGGUGGGGGAUGCCAGCCAAUCACAGCUCGCCUCUCAUCCUGACUCACCACUUCAUUGCCACUGCUUGUUCGGAGUAGAGGACAGGUAAAGUGAACUACCAAUAGGGAGAGGGGGUGCAAGAGUGAAGAGCCGGGGGCGGCAGUUGAGGACAGCCAAUCAGCGGCCACCGUAUCACACACAGACCAGCUGUGACAGAGAUGAGGACCAAGAGGUGACUCAGCCAUCUCUAAGGCAACGGCCAGUAAGCUGCUAGACCUGCUUCUCAGCACUCCCUCUCCGCAGCCUGUCCCUGCUCCCUUUUACCUGUGGACACAAGUCUGACAGGUGACAACUCUGCACUCUGGGGUGAAGACUGCUCGAAGUAGCCAAUCAAAGGAGAGAGCUGUAUGCCAGGAUACACUGUGCAGCCAAUCAGCAAGUAGCUUUUCCAGUGCCUGUCUAUUGAAACAGGAGUGCCAUUCCAAGACGUGGGGUGUAUAUCAGCAGAACAAGAAACCAGCAACAAGUGCAGCGGAUAAAGGAUCUGCCGGCAGUUUACGCCAACCCACAUUGGGAUCCUCAAAUUCAGGACAGCAGGACACUGACCUCCAUGAAUGGAAAUCGGAACCGCAGGACCCGUGGGGGCGCAGCCCUUUUUUGUGGUGCCCAGACGGCCUGGCUAUGGCACCAUGGGGAAGCCCAUCAAGCUGCUGGCCAACUGCUUUCAAGUGGAGAUCCCAAAGAUUGACGUCUACCUCUAUGAGGUGGACAUUAAGCCAGACAAGUGUCCCCGCAGAGUUAACAGGGAGGUUGUUGAUUCCAUGGUCCAGCAUUUCAAGGUCACCAUAUUUGGUGACCGUCGACCAGUGUAUGAUGGCAAAAGAAGCCUGUACACCGCCAACCCACUGCCCGUAGCAUCUACUGGGGUGGACUUGGAUGUAACAUUACCAGGAGAAGGAGGGAAAGAUCGUCCCUUCAAGGUCUCCAUAAAAUUUGUCUCUAGGAUAAGCUGGCACCUGCUGCACGAAGUACUUACUGGGAGGUCCCUUCCAGAGCCAUUGGAACUGGACAAGCCAAUUAGCACCAACCCUGUCCAUGCUGUUGAUGUAGUGUUGCGGCAUCUGCCAUCCAUGAAGUACACCCCUGUAGGACGUUCCUUCUUCUCGGCUCCCGAAGGCUAUGACCACCCUCUGGGAGGGGGAAGAGAAGUCUGGUUUGGGUUUCAUCAGUCUGUCAGACCUGCCAUGUGGAAAAUGAUGCUUAAUAUAGAUGUUUCUGCCACUGCCUUCUACAAAGCACAACCAGUUAUUCAGUUCAUGUGUGAAGUUCUAGAUAUUCAUAACAUUGAUGAACAACCCCGACCUCUGACCGAUUCUCACCGGGUAAAAUUCACCAAAGAGAUAAAGGGUCUGAAGGUUGAAGUAACUCAUUGUGGAACAAUGAGACGGAAAUACCGUGUUUGCAAUGUGACAAGAAGGCCUGCCAGCCAUCAAACCUUCCCUUUACAGCUGGAGAAUGGGCAGACCGUAGAGAGAACAGUCGCUCAAUACUUUAGGGAAAAGUAUAAUCUCCAGCUGAAGUAUCCUCAUUUGCCCUGUCUGCAAGUUGGACAGGAGCAGAAACACACAUACCUGCCUCUUGAAGUCUGUAAUAUUGUAGCUGGCCAGCGCUGCAUUAAGAAGCUGACUGACAAUCAGACCUCCACUAUGAUCAAAGCAACAGCCAGGUCUGCCCCAGACAGGCAGGAAGAGAUCAGCAGACUGGUUAGAAGUGCAAAUUAUGAUGCUGAUCCAUUUGUUCAAGAAUUCCAAUUUAAAGUGCGGGACGAAAUGGCUCAUGUGACGGGGAGAGUACUUCCAGCUCCGAUGUUACAGUAUGGAGGGCGAAAUCGCACAGUAGCCACUCCAAGCCAUGGGGUUUGGGACAUGCGGGGAAAACAGUUUCACACUGGUGUGGAGAUCAAAAUGUGGGCCAUCGCAUGCUUUGCAACGCAGAGGCAGUGCAGAGAAGAAAUCUUGAAAGGAUUCACUGACCAGCUAAGGAAGAUCUCAAAGGAUGCUGGGAUGCCCAUCCAGGGUCAACCAUGCUUCUGUAAAUACGCACAAGGGGCAGACAGUGUGGAGCCGAUGUUCAGACACCUCAAAAACACAUAUUCUGGGCUCCAACUUAUUAUCGUUAUACUGCCAGGAAAAACACCAGUAUAUGCUGAGGUAAAGCGAGUUGGAGACACAUUACUGGGAAUGGCUACACAGUGCGUCCAAGUGAAGAAUGUAAUAAAAACAUCUCCUCAAACUCUCUCAAAUCUGUGCCUAAAAAUCAAUGUCAAACUGGGAGGGAUUAACAAUAUCUUGGUACCACAUCAACGGCCAUCUGUGUUCCAACAACCAGUCAUUUUCUUAGGAGCAGAUGUUACUCAUCCACCUGCUGGAGAUGGCAAAAAACCUUCAAUUGCUGCUGUUGUAGGCAGUAUGGAUGCCCACCCAAGUCGAUACUGUGCGACAGUACGGGUACAGAGACCUCGGCAGGAAAUUAUCCAUGACCUUGCUUCCAUGGUGAGAGAACUUCUUAUCCAGUUCUACAAGUCUACGCGCUUCAAACCCACACGAAUCAUCUUUUAUCGUGAUGGAGUCUCAGAAGGACAGUUCAGACAGGUCUUAUAUUAUGAGCUGCUAGCAAUUAGAGAAGCCUGCAUUAGUCUGGAGAAGGAUUACCAGCCUGGAAUCACUUACAUUGUGGUACAGAAAAGGCAUCAUACAAGGCUAUUCUGUGCAGACCGAACUGAAAGGGUUGGAAGAAGUGGAAAUAUUCCAGCUGGUACCACUGUGGAUACAGAUAUAACACAUCCUUACGAGUUUGAUUUUUACCUCUGCAGCCAUGCUGGAAUACAGGGUACUAGCAGGCCUUCUCACUAUCACGUCUUGUGGGAUGAUAACUGUUUCACUGCUGAUGAACUCCAGCUGCUCACCUACCAGCUGUGCCACACGUAUGUGCGAUGCACGCGAUCAGUCUCGAUCCCUGCGCCUGCUUAUUAUGCUCAUCUUGUGGCAUUCAGAGCAAGAUACCAUCUCGUGGACAAGGAGCAUGACAGUGCUGAAGGAAGCCACGUAUCUGGUCAAAGCAAUGGUCGGGACCCACAAGCCCUUGCCAAGGCCGUGCAAAUUCACCAGGAUACCUUACGUACCAUGUACUUCGCGUGAGAACAACUUUUGUCCCUAAAAAACGCACAGGUUUGACUUACAACAUGGAACCUGAAGGAUCUCAUGUGGGUUUUCAGGGCCCAGUAGAGUGGCUCACAUUCUCCUGCCCUCCAAUCUCUCCCAGGCCUUUUCUUCUGGCUUGCACUGAAGCCCAGGCACAGUAAUUGAGGGGAGGGCUAAUCCUGGGAAUAGAAGAUUUUUGAGGAACACAGCACUAUUAUGCAAUAUGAAACCAGCCAACUGCUAGAUCGUUGUAAUGGAGCCUCCACUUGGAUGCACUGCUUAAGUUUUUGUCUUUCUUUUACUUUCCAAUAUUUGAAUCCUUUUAUGCCUUUACCUCAGAUUGCUCUGCAGCACUAGCUGUCUUUGCAAAAAAAGAAAAAAGACAAGUAAAUCAUGGGGAUGUGUGGGAGUAUGUUUGCAUAUCUGUGCACACUUGGGCUGUGUUUUUCCGGUACAUGGGUAUGCAGCAUAAUUGUGAUGCGGCAGUUCUAAUUAACCUGCUGUAGUCCUUUUUAAAUGCAGUCGAUAUAAUAUUAUCUUUUAGCGGCCGUGACUAAUACCUAAUCCUAUUUACAGUUCACCCCUUCUGAUGAUAUUGGAGUUACUUGUGAAACUCCAGCUGCACAGGGGUAAAAAUGUAGAGACAGCCUCUAGUGUGCCCAGGUGUGUUUAUAUGUGUCACAUGUAUAUGUGUGUUUAGUUAUUCAUUACAUAUAUGUGUAUACAUAUACCUGAAUGAAUGUACGUAUGGAUAAUGCAUAUGAAGUAGAAGGUUGUCAUGCAAAAAAAAAAUAACCAGAAUUUAUAUUUGUGUCACUACCUGUCUAAUUUUAAGGUCCCACUUUUUUUUUUGCCUUUUAUGUUGUCCACCUUAUGUGCAUAAGUCGUGUCCUUUAGUGCUUCCCCUUUAUUUGUUCUGCAACAUUAUAGUCAGCAAGAUGCAAGCGGGUAUUGCAUGUGCCUAGUGCUAUGGUCAUGCAAGUGACUGGAUAUAUACUUCAGCUAUUACAAGAAUAUUGCCACUUAUUACCAAACGUCAUUGUGAUAGGAAAGGCUUAGCACUAGGUCUUGGCCUAGAUACUAUGGCCUCAUUUCUCAAGCUCUGACUUUCUUGUGCAAAGAAAUAUCCCUGAAAAAGAAAAUCCCACAUCCCAGUCUCAACGCUUUACAAUAUUGCCCACCCUAACUACAUCCCCUUAUUCUGUAUGCUGCAAACGGUUGUCCAUCCCCGCACAUUAGGGGAGUGUUUUAACCUUUCACCCUCCAAAUAAUGCUGUAAAGGAAUAGACCUUCUCUUUAGAGUUACCGUAUGUAAAGUAUACAUGGUUGUGUGGAAAUUGUACGCUUUUCUAGUAUAUAUUUUUUUUAUAUAUAUAAAUGUAUUUAUUAGAUUAAUGACACUAAUUUAAUUACUUCAGAGCGUAUUCUCUGCCACCAUUGUUGUUUUUUCCUCUUUUUUUUUUUUUGACUCACAAAAGAUAUAUGUUUGAUUUUGCUCUCAUUUUAGUGCAAUAAGCAUAAAUGAAUUUAAACCCAGCAAUGCCAAAGAGGCCUGCAUCGACCCUGCCGGCCCCUGUGGCUACUUUGGGAUUAAAAUAAAUGAAAGCCUUAACUAUGAAAUGAACGUGUCCAAAUAGUGACGUCUACCCCGAAAUAUUAUGGGAAGUACUAUGUUCCUGUCAAUGAAUAGUGCAAUGCUUUGGCGUUUCAUGCUUUACACGUCUGGAUCAAAAGUUUUUAUUUUCACAUAAGGACCAACAUGAUCUGUUUAGUACACCUUGUCAGAAGUGUUCACGAGGCAAGUAGUAUCCAGGAAUCAAUGUAACAGUGGUGCGAGUUAAACCACGGCAUGCCAUUUUCCUCAAUAACUGCAGUCUUUUAUAUUAAAUACAUGGUUUACUG